AUGGAACUAUCUCCUGAGUGCGGCAAGUUGUAACGGGCACCGCUAAGCCUGUUUCCCUUUGGGGCACUUCUUAUCUAGAAGCUGAGUAUAGUUUCUUCCAAACCGGGCUACUUUGCCCCCCCCUACCCUGUCCUGAGUAAGGAAAGAGCCUCCAAGCAUCAGCGGAGCCCCGAUGAACCCGGGCCGCAGAGCCGCUUAGCAGUCUCCCGGGACCCAGCUCCGGAGGAACCGCAAGCAUGCACCCUGGGUUGUGGCUGCUCCUGGUUACGUGGUGCCUCACUGAAGAACUGGCAGGAGCGGGAGAAAAGAAGUCUUAUGGAAAGCCAUGUGGAGGUCAAGACUGCAGUGGAGUCUGCAAAUGCUUUCCUGAAAAAGGAGCAAGAGGGCGACCUGGACCAAUUGGAAUUCAAGGUCCAACAGGCCCUCAAGGAUUCUCUGGCCUUACUGGUUUAUCAGGGUUGAAAGGAGAAAGGGGCUUACCAGGCCCUCUGGGACCUUAUGGAUCAAAAGGAGAUAAGGGUCCCAUGGGAGUUCCUGGCUUUCUUGGCAUCAAUGGGAUUCCGGGCCACCCUGGACCGCCAGGCCCCAGAGGCCCACCUGGUCUGGAUGGCUGUAAUGGAACUCAAGGAGCUGUUGGAUUUCCAGGCCCUGAUGGCUAUCCUGGGCUUCUUGGACCACCGGGGCUUCCUGGUCAGAAAGGUUCUAAAGGAGAGCCAGUCCUUGUUCAAGGUAGUUUCAAAGGAAUGAAGGGGGAUCCUGGGCUGCCUGGACUGGAUGGAAUCACUGGCCCACAAGGAACACCUGGAUCCCCUGGAGCUGCAGGACCCAUUGGACCACCAGGAUUGCAAGGUCCUCCAGGACCCCCUGGUUUCCCUGGUCCUGAUGGGAAUAUGGGGUUAGGUUUUCAAGGAGAAAAAGGAGUCAAGGGGGAUGUUGGCCUCCCUGGUCCAGCAGGACCUCCACCAUCUACUGGGGAGCUGGAAUUCAUGGGAUUUCCCAAGGGGAAGAAAGGAUCCAAGGGUGAACCAGGGCCUAAGGGUUUGCCAGGCAUAAGUGGCCCUCCAGGUUUUCCGGGACUUGGAACUACUGGAGAAAAGGGAGAAAAGGGAAUUCCUGGUUUGCCAGGACCUAGGGGUCCCAUAGGUUCAGAAGGAGUCCAAGGCCCUCCAGGAAGACAGGGCAAUAAGGGGUCUCCAGGUUUCCCAGGCCUUAAUGGUUUCCCAGGAAUUAAGGGUGAAAAGGGUGGCAUUGGCCUGCCAGGCCCAGACGUUUUCAUCGAUAUAGAUGGUGCUGUGAUCUCAGGUUAUCCUGGAGACCCCGGUGUACCAGGCCUCCCAGGUCUUAAAGGAGAUGAAGGCUUCCAGGGCAUGCGUGGUCCUUCGGGUAUCCCUGGCUUGCCAGCAUUAUCAGGUAUCCCAGGUGCCCUAGGGCCUCAGGGAUUUCUAGGAUUGAAGGGGGACCAAGGAAACCCAGGCCGCACUACAAUUGGGGCAGCUGGCCUCCCUGGCAGAGAUGGUUUGCCUGGCCCACCAGGCCCACCAGGCCCACCUGGUCCAGCAUUUGAGACUGGAACCCUACACAACAAAGAGCCUGGGUUCCCUGGUCUCCGAGGAGAACGAGGUCCAAAAGGAAACUCAGGCCUCAAAGGAAUAAAAGGGGACUCAGGCUUUUGUGCUUGUGAUGGUGGUGUCCCCAACACUGGACCCCCUGGGGAACCAGGCCUGCCUGGGCCACAAGGUCUCAUAGGCCUUCCAGGCCUUAAAGGAACCAAAGGAGAUCCAGGCUCUGGGGGCACACAGGGUCCAGCAGGGGCUCCGGGUUUAUCUGGGCCUCCAGGUCUCGCAGGUUCCAAAGGAGAGAAGGGAGAACCUAUUCUCAGUACAAGAUCAGGGAUGCCAGGGGAGCAGGGUGAUCCUGGCCCCCAGGGAUUCCCUGGUGUGACAGGAGCCCCAGGCAAUGAUGGAGUACCAGGUUCACCAGGUCUGCCAGGCCUUCCGGGUGAUGGAGGACAGGGUUUCCCAGGUGAAAAGGGGUUACCAGGACUUCCUGGUGGAAAAGGCCAGCGUGGUCCAAUUGGCUUCCCCGGAAUUGGGUUGCCAGGACCUCCUGGACCUCGUGGGCUUCCUGGAGAUAAAGGAGUAAAUGGAUUACCAGGGCAACAAGGCCUCCCUGGACUUCCAGGAAUCACCCUGCCCUGUAUUAUUCCUGGGUCAUUCGGUCCAGCAGGAUUCCCUGGAACUCCUGGAUUCCCAGGCCCUAAAGGGGCCCGUGGCCUCCCUGGAACUUUAGGCCAGCCUGGAUCACGUGGAAAUAAAGGAGAACCCGGGAGCCCAGGAUUGGUUCAUCUCCCUGAACUGCCAGGAUUUCCUGGACCUCGUGGGGAGAAGGGCUUGCCUGGAUUUCCUGGGCUCCCUGGAAAAGAUGGCUUGCCUGGAAAGGUUGGCAGUCCAGGUUUACCUGGUUCCAAGGGAACCCCUGGUGACAUCUUUGGUGCUGAAAAUGGUGCUCUGGGGGAGCAAGGCCUACAGGGAUUGCCAGGGGACAGAGGAUUUCCUGGAGACUCUGGCUUUCCAGGACCCAAGGGUGUGCAUGGGAAGCCUGGCUUGCUAGGCCCCAAAGGUGAUCGGGGCAGCCCAGGAAUACCAGGGCAGGUGGGACUGCCAGGUCUUCCAGGUUCCGGUGGUUUGUAUGGCAUCAAGGGCAAACCUGGGCUCCCAGGAGCGCCAGGCUUUCCAGGCAUUUCAGGACAUCCUGGAAAGAAAGGUUCAAGAGGCGAGAUAGGUCCCCCUGGAUCAUUUGGAAAGAGAGGUCUGCCUGGGCUAAAAGGCCUUCCUGGAUCUCCGGGGCUAGUUGGCUUGCUGGGAAGUCCAGGCUUGCCAGGGAGUAUCGGUUUGCCAGGCCUCCCAGGCCCAAAGGGUGAGAAGGGGUCCAUUGGACUGAUAGGUUUUCCAGGGGUGCCAGGUCUCCCUGGUAUUCCUGGAGCAAGUGGAUUAAAGGGAAUUCCAGGAUCUAUCGGAAAAAUAGGACCAUCUGGACAGGCUGGUAGUCCUGGUGAAAAGGGAGACAGAGGCGAUCCAGGGCCAGUUGGAAUACCCAGUCCAAGACCUCUUGUGCCAAACCUUUGGCUCAAAGGAGACAAAGGCUCUCAGGGCUCAGCCGGAUCAGAUGGAUUUCCUGGGCCCAGAGGUGACAAAGGAGACUCUGGCCACCCUGGGCCAUCAGGCCUGCCUGGAGUUUCUGGCUUCCCUAGCAUUAUCAAAGGACUUAUUGGGAGGCCAGGCUCCCCUGGCUCCAUAGGACUACGGGGCUUACCUGGCCUGAAAGGGUCCCCUGGGAUCACAGGCUUCCCAGGAAUGCCAGGAGAAAGUGGUUUACAGGGUCUCAGAGGGACUCCUGGACUCCCAGGAACAUCUGGUUUCCCAGGCUCAAAAGGGGAUCAAGGCCAAAUGCUUGAAAUUUCUGGUAGCCCAGGAUCCAGGGGACAACGUGGUGAAACUGGUUUUAAAGGUGCAAAAGGAAAAUAUGGGCAAAUUGGUGAUGUGGGUUUCCCAGGCAAUAAGGGUGAAAAUGGAAAAGUUGGUAUUUCUGGAGACCUUGGCCUUCCUGGCUCCCCAGGACUGCCAGGAAUUGCAGGUGUAAGAGGAGACCCAGGACUUCCAGGUCCCUCUGGUCACCCAGGGGCAACUGGGCCCCUGGGACCCCCUGGCUUAAUAGGACCCAAAGGCUUCCCUGGAUUUCCUGGUUUGCAUGGACUGAAUGGGCUUCCAGGCACCAAGGGUACCCAUGGCACUCCAGGACCCAGUAUCACUGGUGUGCCUGGGCCUGCUGGUCUACCUGGACCCAAAGGGGAGAGGGGAUCUCCAGGAACUGUCAUCGGAGCUCCAGGGAAGCCAGGCUUGAGAGGACAGAAAGGCAGUAGAGGUUUCCCAGGUCUUCCAGGCCCUGCUGGUCUCCUUGGUGCCCCAGGCAUCUCCUUGCCCUCAGUCAUAGCAGGACAGCCUGGUGACCCCGGGCGACCAGGCCUAGAUGGAGAACGAGGCCGCCCAGGCCCCCCUGGACCCCCAGGUCCCCCUGGGCCAUCCUCGGAUCAAGGCGACCCUGGAGACCCUGGCUUUCCUGGAAUUCCUGGUCCUCAAGGGCCCAAGGGAGACCAAGGAAUACCAGGUUUCUCUGGCCUCCCUGGAGAGCUAGGACUGAAAGGCAUGAGAGGUGAGCCCGGGUUCAUGGGGACUCCAGGCAAGGUUGGGCCACUUGGAGACCCAGGAUUUCCUGGGAUGAAAGGAAAGGCAGGGCCAAGAGGUUCUUCUGGCCCUCAAGGUGCUCCUGGAAAAACACCAGUUGCUGAAGCUGUCCAGGUUCCUCCUGGACCCUUGGGUCAACCAGGCAUUGACGGCAUUCCUGGCCUCACAGGGGACCCUGGAGUCCAAGGCCCUGCGGGCCUACAAGGCUCCAAAGGUUUACCUGGCAUCCCUGGCAAAGAUGGCCCCAGUGGGCUCCCUGGCCCUCCUGGGGGUCUUGGUGAUCCUGGUGUCCCUGGACUGCAAGGCCCUCCAGGAUUUGAAGGAGCACCAGGGCAGCAAGGCCCCCUGGGGAGGCCCGGAAUGCCUGGUCAGAGUGUGAAGGUGGGCUACACGCUGGUGAAGCACAGCCAAUCGGAACAGGUGCCCCUGUGCCCCAUCGGGAUGAGCCAGCUAUGGGUGGGUUACAGCUUGCUGUUCGUGGAGGGACAGGAGAAAGCCCACAACCAGGACCUGGGCUUUGCUGGCUCCUGCCUACCCCGCUUCAGCACCAUGCCCUUCAUCUACUGCAACAUCAACGAAGUGUGCCACUAUGCCAGGCGCAACGAUAAAUCCUACUGGCUCUCCACCACUGCCCCCAUCCCCAUGAUGCCUGUCGGCAGGGCCCAGAUUCCCCAGUACAUCAGCCGCUGCUCUGUGUGUGAGGCACCCUCACAAGCCAUUGCUGUGCACAGCCAGGACAUCACCAUCCCACAGUGUCCUCUGGGCUGGCGCAGCCUCUGGAUCGGGUAUUCAUUCCUCAUGCAUACUGCCGCUGGUGCCGAGGGCGGAGGCCAGUCUCUGGUCUCACCUGGCUCCUGCCUAGAGGACUUUCGGGCCACUCCUUUCAUCGAGUGCAGUGGUGCCAGAGGCACCUGCCACUACUUUGCCAACAAGUACAGUUUCUGGCUGACAACAGUGGAGGAGAGGCAGCAGUUUGGGGAGGAGCCUGUGUCUGAAACACUGAAAGCUGGGCAGCUCCACACCCGGAUCAGUCGCUGCCAGGUGUGUAUGAAAAGCCUGUAGGGCGGCAACUGCCACUUUGCCCCCUGCUCUCCCCUCCCCCUCACAACAGUCACCUCACGAACCUGAAUGGUCUGAAGAAGGAAGGCCUGAGCCCUUUUGCCUGUCAAGUUGUACAUUGGAGUCUCAUUUGGGCUGGACUACUGGACACUGGUCACCCCAACUCUCAGGCCAAAAUAUAUAAGCCCACCUUGCUGAGAUCUGCUGUCCCAUUUCAGUCAACCUGGUGCUACUGUUUAAUUUGGAUGUUAGUGUGACUAUUCAUGGCUACCUCAGAAAGAUUUGCUGGGCCACCACUUUCUUAGAUUGCUAGCUUUCCUCACUAUCUUGACCAGAAAGCUCUUCAUAAUAACUAAUAUGUCAUUUCUUCAUGUCGAGAGGUUACUACACAUUAUUUGGCUUAACUAGAACCCAGUGUUACCACAUUCAAAAAAAUAUCAGGCUGAACCUUCGUGGACAGCUCAAGUCUGCAGAGGGCAAGCCCUCACUAUUCAAGGAGGCCCACUGUGUCUAUGCAGGUAAAAUUGGAAUGGGGUCCCAGCCAGUAGCCCUGGUUGAGCUUUGACUCCAAGAGUGAGCCAGAUCAGAACCCAUAUUGCUUAGGGAGGUUUGAAGGCCAGCAGCUGAGAGGGGCUCAUUAACGUUCUAUGGUCCUAGACAAACGACUUCCUCCUUGCCAGCCCCCUCCCUGGCCAGAGACAGAGGACUUGGCCUGGUCCAAAAUAUAGCAGAGGAUACAACAAAUGUGGCCAAGCUCAUGAAAGGAAAUGAGAAUGGCAGCCCUUCCUGGGCCAGGGGUAGAGGGGAAGAUGGGGAAGGAGAUGUGAGUUUUGCUUCUGACUCCAGGAACAAAAAGAUAAAGCCCAUGUCCCAGUUUCUCAGAAGUCCCUGUUUAUUCCAAAUGCCAUCCAGAUGUGUGCAAUCUGCCAAAUUGAAACUGCAGUCUGUUGGUUCCUUUGCAUUCUGACUCUGUUAGAGACUUUCCGUUGAAAUGAUUAUCCAACUGCUCUUUCACAGGUAGCCUGUUAAACUACUUUAAUAUGUUUUUUAAACCUCAUAAAAAUCUAGCACACUCCUCUCUUGAGCAGUUAGCAGACCUAAAGCAAGCCUGAGUUGGCUAUAAAGUACAUUAUAUUCCAUUUGGGGGGAUUUGUUUUAGCCAGUUUCCUAGAAUACUCUUAGCUAUGUUGACAUGAGGCGAUUCCUUCCAGGUGAUUCUUCUGUUUCCUUACGUAUUAUGUAAACUGUGCCAAUGCAGACAAAUCAUAAUCAGUAUAAUCUGAAUUGUUAUAUUCACCUCCUGGCUGAGUAAUAAACAUGGUGUCAGCUUUGUACAUAGCAAAUAAAAGAAAUGAAACGUGGACAUUUGA